CUGAAAUUUGAAGGAAAGCCGCAGCCAUUUGUGGAAAGUAGCUCCAAAGGUGAGCUGCCCGAUCCUAUGGUCCAAAUAGAAAUGCAGGUUAGGCUAGUUGGAGGGUCGAUCACGACAGUUACAUCUGAGCCUAAAUAGUCUAAUCAUAUCAGUUAUUGUCAUGUCAUCAAGAAAGAAAAGCACCUUAAUUUCCAAUUUAUAAAAAUCCAAAUUUCAUUCUAUCAAGAAAGGAAAAAAAAAGAAAAGAGACAGAUUAAGAUGAAAAGGCUUAGACUUUGCCAUUUCAAUUUUCAAAGCCAAACAAAGAAGAGAAUUCUCUCGGCUUUCUUUAAAAAAAAAAUGAGAAACAGGAUCUCUUCUUCUUCUUCCUUCCAAGACAUUUGUUUCUUCUUCUGGUUGGGCCUCGCAGCAUUUGAAGUAGAACACAGUAGUACUAUUAAUGAUGAUGCUGACAAGAUUCGAUCUCAGUUCCUUCAUCUUCUGCGUACCAGACGAUCUCCUCGAGUUCCUCUGACUGUGGAACCUGCGAAACCCGUUCUGCAUCCUUUCUUUCAAGAAGUUCCUAUACCGACCUUCAGUGAGGCAAUGGAGUCUUGUCCGAAGGCUCCUAUUAAAAAUCUCAAGGAACGGCUUCAGGGGGAAAACCUUUAUUUGCACACUGAGGCUGGAGAGCAAGGACAGUUGCCUGUGUUAAUCUUAAGCUUGAAAGACAGCAGUCAGAAAAGAAGGCCUGCUGUUGUUUUUCUGCAUAGUACCAAUAAGAACAAAGAGUGGUUGCGAUCACUGCUUGAGGCAUAUGCUUCAAGGGAAUACAUAGCCAUUGCUAUCGAUUCUCGCUACCAUGGUGAACGUGCUCACAACCUCACUACCUAUCGAGAUGCUCUAGUGUCAUCAUGGAAAAAAGGAGAUACAAUGCCAUUUCUAUUUGAUACAGGAUUUCAAUGGGCCAUAGACCAUGACAAAUGGCAGGCUCGAGUUGACAGUAUAAGGGCUGUAUUUGAAGAAGCAAGGAUUGAUCUAGGCAAGAGUGCAAUUGAUAAAGAAGUGGUGAAGAAGGUUUGGGAUCGGAUUGCUCCUGGUCUAGCAUCCCGGUUUGAUUCACCUUACUCAAUUCCAGCUAUUGCACCACGACCACUGCUGAUUUUAAACGGUGCUGAUGAUCCACGUUGCCCGAUUGAUGGUAUAAAAAAUCCCACAAAGAGGGCUCGCAAGGCUUAUGGAAAGGCUCAUUCUUCAAACAAUUUUAAGGUAAUGGAUGGAUUAGUAGGUGACAAUUACUCUGAAAGUACUUACUUCAGUUCCUGUAAUGGCUCUUUAGCUCAUCGUACAACCUGGAAUAGGCCACCAAAUGACACCGUUAAUGGUGAAAGAAGCAAAUGAUUGGUUUGACAGGUUCCUCAAGUAAUAACUUGAUCUAGUUGUGGUUUUUGUGUUUUGUUGUUUGUGGAUGGAAAUGUGUAUUGUAAUUUGUAUGCUGCAGCUCAUUUUGAAUGAUGUGAUGAACUCUCAGACAAAAUCUCAUUGUAGUUCUAAUUUGUAAUGACAAGAAAGUAAUUCCAUUUACCGAGUUUCGUCCAUUUUCUCUCUGAUUUCCUUAUGCAAUCACAUUUUUUUGUUAGGGUUAAUAGCACAUAUAGGCUCUAUUUAGAUG